AUGGCUGUGUGGGUGUACGCACUGCUUUCUGUGAUUGCUAUUAAGUAUGUUGUAGAUUCCGCACGGGUGACGAUAUCCUCAGAUAAACACACAAGAGUAGAGCGGGGGAAACUGCUCAUAUUACGCUGUUCCGCUGACAGUAACCCAGCCACCCCUACGCUCGAGUGGACUCGCGGCAGGACACGUGUAGUUGAUGGUCCUGUGUUACAGAUUGCUGCGUUCCGAGACUCUGACCAAGGAGAGUACACGUGUUCAACGACAACUGUGUCCGCUCGAUAUGGUUCUCUGACAGGCUCAGCCAGCGUUAUUGUCACUGUUCUGGAAUCAGCUCCAGAUUCGUGUUACUGCACAGAUCAGUCAGAGACCAGCUUGGAUUUGGAGUGGAAUUACGACAGAACCGACAAAUCAAACAGGUUCUCUGUUGAACAGCGUCUCUCAAAGAACACACGCUGGGAUAUCGUGUCCAUGUUAACUACUCACAGAGACAACAACACUUUUACUUUACAUGUCGAUCACUUGCAAUCCAGUUCCUCAUACUUCUUCAAAAUAUUCUCUUCAUCUAGGAAAGACGACAGCGGUUUCUGUUUGACUACUUGCAGGACCCUGCCCUUUUCCAAAUCGUCUACGUCUGGACUAGGAGUGGGAGUUGCUGUCGGUCUUGUGAUAGGAUUGGUUGUCACCAGUGUCGCUGCCGUGCUCAUCAAUUUCAUCUUGCUGAGAAAAGGUUUCGUAGUUAGAUCGGGUCAGUUUAUGUUUACAGUACACUGA